GCCACUCGCUGCGUUGACCAGGCGUGCAGUGCAGUACCCACCCACCCACCCACAUACAUACAUACACAUGCAGGUGGCGGCAAUACUUCCGAUGGCGCUGAGCCUGUCGCUGGCGACGACGGCGCAGGCCGGCGACGUGCUGCAGCAGAAGCUCUGGGGCCUCUCGUCGGGCCUGGCCUACUACGUGCAGGUGAACGUCGGGUCGCAGCUGUACUCGUCCAGCUCGGGCAGCUCGGCCAGCGACUCGUUCAACCUGCUGCUGGACACGGGCUCGGCCAACACGGCCGUGGUCACGGCCGAUUGCUGCUCGCUCACGAACGAGCACCUGUACUCGUGCUCGGACUCGGACACGUGCGUGGACCAGGGCACGGCGGUCAGCGUCACGUACGUGAGCGGCUCGUGGAGCGGCGAGGUAGUGGAGGACACCUUCUCGGGCGAGGGACUGGGCACGGUCGAGAGCAUGCCGUUCGCCGAGAUCACGGCCGAGGACAGCUUCAUCUCGUCCGGCUACGACGGCAUCGUCGGGCUCGGCUACAAGGCCAUCGCGUCGCCCUCGAGCGACCCGCCCACGCCCUACUUCGACAAGGUCCAGAGCGCCGACGGCCUGAGCGACGUCUUCAGUUUGCAGAUGUGCGGCGCGCUGCAGGCGCUGAGUCUCAGCAACGUGUCGCUCGCGGACGACUCGUACCUGUACGCGGGCGAGUUCGUGCUCGGAGGCACGCACGGCGCCAGCGGAGAGAGCUUCCACAAGGGCGACAUCGUGUACACGCCGCUGGUGCAGGAGAAGUACUACAACGUCCUCGUCACGGACAUCGGCGUGAACGGGGAGAGCCUCGGACUGGACUGCGAGACCAUCAACUCGCCGCGGUCCAUCAUCGACUCGGGCACGAGCAACAUCGCGUUCCCGUCCAGCGUCUACAGCGCCGUGAUCGCGGAGCUCAAGACGCAGGUCGAGAAGGUGACGACCGACGUGAGCGACAGCUUCUUCGACGACGACUCGACCUGCUGCUCGAGCGAGUGCGACCCGACCAACGCCGACUCGAUCAUCUACUCGCUGCCCGGACUCACGAUCUCGCUCGCAGUGGACGACGACAAGUCGCAGCAGAUGACCAUCACCAUUCCAGCCGAGUACAUUUGGCGCCCGCUCGUGGUGUCGACAGGCCAGGGCGAAUCGGCCUGCCGCGUCUUCGGCAUCUCCGAGGGCAGCUUCACGCUGCUGGGCGACGUCUUCAUGGACGGACUCUUCACGGUGCACGACCGCGAGAACGAGCGCGUGGGGCUCGCGGUGGCCGACAACUGCCCGAACGGCGUCACCUCAAGCAAGAACAUCACGGUAGAGACCAUGACUUCCGAGGACUCGUUCUGCAGCUGCGUCGGCUCCUCGGACCGCAAGAGCAGCCUGCUCAGCAGCUACGUGCCGUUCUCGGGCAAGCCGUGCUUCUUCUGGCAGUGGUGGAUGUACGUGGUGCUGGUGGCGAUCGUCAUCAUCGUCCUCAUGCUCGUCGCCUACGGAUACUACUGCUGGAAGCGGCGCAAACUCCUGCGCCAGAUCGAGGAGCUCCGCCAGAGUCAGAACCAGCCGCGGGUGCAGCGCAGUCUGUACACGAACGACCGUCUCGACCGCAACCUGCUCCAGACACCAACGCAGCCGAGCUCCGUGUACAUCGUGGAGGCCUACACGCCCCCCACCGCCGCCACAGUUCCAAUUAUGAACGGCGGAGUCCCCGCCACGAAUGACUACAGGUUGGCGUCCUCGCCGUCAGUCCGAUUCAACCCCAACACGACAGGAGCGCCAGCCACGGCCGCUCCGGCAACACCAGCCUCCUCCUCCACCAUCACCAACCACCACUACCAACAUGAAGACCACCAGCUUCGCCGUCGCCACCGUUGCCGCUCUCUCCGCCAUCUCCGCUCCCACGCUCGUUGGCGCCGAAACGUGCUCAAGCUCCUGCCGCUCCUGUCGGAUGCCAAGAGCUGCGCCGACGACACCGGGUACACCAUCUACCCGUUCUCCGGCAAACCCACGGACGAGCAGAUGAAGGCCAUCUGCGCCAACCCGACGUGCACGGGCGUGCUGCAGGACGCCAUCGACACGGACCUCCCGGACUGCACCAUCGACUUUGAGGCGACGCAGCUGAACGUGUGUACGGAGCUGACCGACUACGGUGCGAGGUGCGGCGUGUUCGAGUAA